UUAUUGAUCAGCGUAUAAGUAAAUUUAUAAUAACGACUCUCUGAUCACUUAUCAAUUACUAAAUGCAAAUGACAAGGCGCUCCGAUUUGAUCCGGAUUUGAUGUGUAAAUGACAUCGUAAGCUUGUUAAGAAAUCGUGGACGACGUCAAAUAAAUAGCGGUUGCUGUUUUCAAAAGGAUUACCCGAGCUAUUGACCAAUAAAAACGCCAAGUUUAACUGAAACCGGAUAAGAAACGUGUAUUUGGAAAAAUACGUGAGACAGCGUGGACGUUUGUGCAGCGUGGACGUUUGUGGUAUCGCUAAUUGUAAAUACUCGCAAUGGUUAAAUUGAGCACUACUUAUCAAAUUGAACCGACCAAUCAAUGUUCAGGGUGAGAAGGCAAUUUUCCGUUGUAAAACUAUAUAUUGGAGAAAUAAUCGCAUACUUUUUAGAUUCUUUAUGCAACGAACUAAAAAUAAUAAGGACUUCAAAAAGAAAUGUUCAACAUGCCGUGGUUCACAGCAUUUCGUGGCAACUUUGGCAACGCAUAUUACGGCGAGUACCGGACGUCCGUCACUGCGGACAUCUCGUUCGCCGCCACCGCUUACACGUGCGUCCUAAUCUCCAUAGCUGCCAUAGUGGCCGCGGCCGGUAUCAGAGGCCGAGAGAGGUGGUACACUUUGGUCCGUCUUACAUACAGUUUGGCCGUAGGAAGCAUAAUUCUGGUGAGCAUCUUCGGAUACUGCUGGCAGAUCGGAGAGGUAGGAGUUCAUUCCCCCUACAUAUACCGGAGCAAAGGUCAGAUUUCAGGACGACUGGGCGUCCACGUUGGUUUGCAAACAGUCAAUCUGACUCUUGUAGGAACUUUCACUACCGAUGGGAACAGAUUCAAAUACAACGAAAAGAUCACGCUAGGAAAUAUCAUCCAAGAGAGUCCGCAGCUCUGGACGGCCCUUGACCGCGGGCUGCCUCAGCCGCUGCUGUCCAUGAUAGACCAUUUUGACACUGACGAAGGCGGUCUGAGAUACGGACGUAGCUGCUUCAUGGCAGGCUACUUUGCCAACAUUCUUCUCUGGACGGCGUUUGCUUUCUGGGUAACCGGAAACAUCCUGCUAUGCAGUGUCGUCUGGUACGGCGCCGCCUGCUUCACUCUGGCGGGCGUCUGCAUGAUACUCGCCGCCGGCGUAUACGACUUCCUUUGCCCGCAGCGCGCUCUACGGAUGCCCUGCUCCGACGGUCCUAUCGAGCUUCGCUUCGGUUGGUGCUUCUGGGCAACUCUUGUGUUUGGCAUCCUCACAACAGUCGUGGGGCUGGUACUAUUUACGUUGGAGCACAAAGUUCCCAAGAAACUUGCAGAGUUCCUCCUUUUAGACACGGCCCUUGAAGACGAUGAAUACAAACAACUCUCUAACGCAAAUCCGCUUGAUUCCGUUGUACGCGAAGACUUUGUGCGCAGGGUAGGUGCACUGCGGACAAAUACAAAGGAAAGCUACGCAUUUGAGAUUUCCAAACCAAAACUCAACCCAGUCUUCGCCGAGAAUGCACUAAACAGCAAACCGGAUACUGAUUCUCCGCGCACCUGGGCGUUUUCGAAUAUUCUAGAAGAAGACCCCGCAUCGGAGCCGGGAAUAAUACACUCAAACGGUGUAUCCAACGAAAGUCCCGCUUGUGACAGUAGCAGUGGUUCAGAACGAGAUAUCGGGAGACUAACUGAGAUUUACGUCAACAUAGACAUAGACAAACGGUUUGUUUCUGCAAAUCUCAGCAAAACCAGACGCGCGUCAGUGUGGUGAUUUAGGUCGUGAGAUCGCGAAUUCAUAUGGAAAUUUUGUCUCUGUGUUGCUCAUCGUCUUUCGUUUUUUGUCAACAAAUGUUCUUUCCCAUAAAGGUCUUGAUGAAGUUUUGAAAGGGGAUUGCUUUGUAUCCAUCCACAGCGGACCUCUGAACUGACCAAUACACGAGCUCCUUAUGCUAGUCCAUAAUCAUUAUGGCUAUUGUAUGUGAAAUGUGAAAUGUACGCUUUUUAACAACUUUAUCAUAUGGUACCUUCAAUAGUGUAAAAGAACCGCGUCUAUACCAUAUAGCCCGGAAUAUAGCUUACACUGCCGUCUAUACAAUAAAGUAAAGUCUGGCAUUGUUUCUACAAAAGUUUAUCACAUAGUUCAGAAACGGAGCCAUGCUAACUGUAAUGCGAAGCAUUUU